AUGCCGCUGCCGCUUCGGGCCCGAGUCGCUGGCAAUGAGCGUGUGAAGCUGGCCUGCAAGCUGGUAGAAGUCACAGCGCUGGCCCUGGACCAACAUUCCGAUAUGAUCUACUAUGCCCAUGGCAAACGAAUCGAUGGAAAGAACAAACGCUGUGACGGCCAAAAGGACUGCCCAGUCAAGUCGGAUGAGGUGGGCUGUCCCACCUGCGGGGUGGAUCAGUUCAGCUGCCAGUCCGGCGAGUGCAUCGACAAGGCCCUGGUCUGCGAUGGUACCACCAACUGUGACAACAGCAACGAUGAGUGUCCCAUCAACAAGAGAACGUGCUGGACAUUGCAUUCGAGGUGCAACGCGACCAAGCUGCGGAUGAAGAUGGAGCGAAAAGACUCUGGACGAGUGUGUCAGGAAACCCCUGUGGAAGAUGCCACAAUGCCUUCUACAAGGACCCCAGGUCCGAAGUCGAUACCGCAGCGGAGUAUAAUCCGGUGAAACAGUCCAAGAGAUCGAGAGGCAUCGGGAUCUGUGUACGUCGGACCAGACAGCUCGCCUACUUGCGUACCCAGCCGCGAGGAAAGUGAGGAGCUGAGUUAAAGGUUGAGCUGGCCAACGAUGUCUGCUGAAACAGUAUCUUCAUAUUAAAUUAACGAAAUAGGAAAUACAAAGGCCUAUACUACGGCUUACACGCAACAUGUCUUCAAAUACCAGCAACAUU